CGGAAUCUUAUACGAGUCGUACGAGAUUCGUGUCCGCUCUUUUUCAGCGUCCUCUGAGUGUUGUCCAUUGACAUGAAUAUCAGACGGCCUUAUUAAACGGUAUAUGGUGUUAUCUUUAAUUAAACUAACUGUAACAUAUACGUAUACACAUAUUUAAAACCUCUCUGAUGUACUUGGCUCUGGCGUGACUGACGGUCACCGUGUUUGCAUGCAGUUUAUAGUCCGACGCUGUUCUGGAGUGAAACGCGUUUGAGUCCUUUCUGAGGAAACAUCAAGCAGAAUGAAUAAAGAGUCCAGAUUGAAAGCGACCAUCAACCAGAGGCUGACGGAGCUGGGGGAAAGGGAGAGAUUGAAGGAGUUACUGAGAGCCAAGCUGACUGAAUGUGGAUGGAAGGACCAGAUGAAGGCUCACUGCAAAGAGGUCAUCAGAGAAAAGGGUUUGGAGCAUGUCACAGUGGAGGAUCUGGUUGUUGAGAUCACGCCUAAAGGAAGAGCUUUGGUGCCAGACAGCGUCAAGAAGGAGCUGCUUCAAAGAAUAAGAGCUUUCUUGGCUCAGCACGCUGCAUAAUUUGGACCCUUCAUCAGAACCUUUGCCAGAACUGUUGUGAUCCACAUUCGCAGGUGUUUGUAAGCGCUCUACUUGGACUUUCAAACACUGUAGUUUGAUUAUUAUUCAUUUUCAGCGACUGACUGCUUGUUAUUAAGAGUUCAUUUGCUGCAUUUCCUGGUGUUAGUACAGGACUAGUCCUGAUUUGUGUCUUGCGGAGUAAUCUGCUGAAGUAUCAUCAAGUCUUGGACUGCAGCAUCUUGGGGGUUUUUUCUAGAUCAUUGAAAUACUGCAAGAAGCAUGCCAACCUUUACACCUGUUUGUAGUUUUCAUGUUGAGGUUGAUUGUUUGAAUAAAGACUUUUACAGUCCUUUA